AGCCAUGCCGGUGGAGAAGGCUGACUACACGAGUGUUCCCCUCGCCGAGAAACAUGAAGAGCCACCAGAAAUCGAGUCACCUUCAGGUUUUGGCGUGCGGCACCUGCAGGCACUGCUGCUUUUCAUUAGCCUGUCCAUCGGCUUCUCGAUGCGUGCACACCUCAGCGUCACCCUGGUCGCCAUGACGACGACCAGCAGCACCUCCACUAGCAACUCCACCUGUGUGCAUCUUGGACAUAAACUAAACUUAACUAACUUGACCUCCGACGAUUUAAACACUACGUUGAAUACGGAGUUUGUAGAUGAGAGUCACGCAGAGAACUGUGUGGAGGAGGGGCAGUCUCGUUGGAAUAUUUAUCGGACGUACAGGUGGUCGAAGCCCCAGCAGGAGAUGAUUCUGUUCGCGUUCUUCGUAGGCUACACGAGCAUGAUGUUGCCGAUGGGUAUGCUGGCGCAGAAGGUCGGUGGAAAGCUCCCUAUCUGCGCCGCGCUGUUCAUCAACGGGGUGCUCUCCGUGCUCACGCCUUGGAUGCCUCUUGUUGGCGGCUGGGUGCUGGUGUGCGCGGGGCGGCUGCUACAGGGCAUGUCGCAGGCUGCCUUCUUUCCCAGCGUCCACACGCUGCUCGGCAAGUGGGCGCCGCUCUCCGAGAGGGGCCGUCUCAGUACAUACAUCUACACAGGGUCGCAGUUCGGCACAGUGCUGGCGUUCCAGGUGGCGGGGGCGUUCGCGGGCAGCGCAGCGCUGGGCUGGCCGUGGACGUUCUGGUACAUCUCCAUGUACCUGAUGACGCUGCUGUUCGGCUACGUGUCGGAUCUGGUCGCCAACAAGAAGCUAAUGUCAAUAGUCAACAUUAGAAGAACAGCAAAUUCGAUCGGCAUGGCGCUGUCGGGGCUGUUCCUGGUGUGCUUCAGUGUGGUGGCGGAGACGCGGCUGGCGGUGGCGGCCAUGGCGCUCUGCCUCGGCCUGCACUCCGGCGUGCACGUCGGCUUUCAUAUAAACCACAUAGAUUUGGCGCCGAACUUCGCGGGUCCGAUGAUGGCGAUGAGCAACAUGAUAGCGAACUUGUCCGGCCUCCUCGUGCCCGUCCUCGUGUCCAACAUCGUCGGAGACGACGCGACAAAUCAAAAGAAAUGGCAGAUUCUGUUCAUCUUGUUCGCGGCGCUACAACUCGUCACUAAUUUAAUAUUCGUAAUUUUCGCAAAAGGCACGGUUCAAGAGUGGAACUUUUAUGGCGAAGAAGAAGAAGACAUCAAGAAAAGAGAACGCGAUGCAAUGGUGGAACUUAAAGGUAUAUUGGCAAAGAGCAAGGAAUCACAGAAAUGUGAUAAAGAGCAGUGAGCCGUCGACUGCUCCGCCGCGACCCACGAGAUACAAGAUACGAUGCUUCCUAAUUGUCAUUUGAUGGUCAACACUGGAAUCUCAGUCUGUUACGCUCGCACGCGUAACGAUCAUAGAAAAAUUAUUAAGUCACCUGUUUAAGAAUUAUAAAUAAAAUUAGA